UAUUCUGUACGAUAUAUAAUAACCUUAACCUUUCUGUUGUAUUUUACGUAUUUCUAAACGUACUUAUAUAUUUUUCUGUGCCAUAAUUUGCAUUUAGGUUACGUAUUUCACGGCUAUUUUCCCCUACACCGUUUUAAUUGCUUUGAUGGUGGUGGCCCUGACUUUCGAUGGUGCUUCACAAGGCAUUAAGUACUUCUUCACGCCAGACUGGGAGAAGCUUCUGAAAAUCGAGGUGUGGUACCGGGCGUGCGAGCAGUCUUUCUUCUCUUUAGCGGUUGGUUACGGAAACUUAGUCAUGUAUUCCAGUUACAAUGAUUUCAGAAACAACGUAAAUAGAGACGCUAUCAUCAUUAGCAUUUUGGAUACUUUCACCAGCAUACUAGCAGGUUCUGUGGUAUUCGCCGUGCUAGGGACUCUGGCUCACGAGUUGUGCAUACCAAUAGAAAAAGCUGUCGACAAAGAAGGUAUGGGCCUAGCGUUUAUAGCCUACCCGGAAGCUUUGGGGAAGAUAAAAGUUGUACCUCAGCUGUGGUCUGUCCUCUUCUUCGUUAUGUUACUGACAUUAGGCUUAGGAAGUUCGAUCGCUCAAGUCGAAACUAUUUUGACAUCUAUCAAAGAUCAGUAUCCCGUCCUCCAGAAGAAGAAAAGUAUUGUGGCUUUGUGCGUGUGUAGCCUGUUUUGCCUUUGUGGAUUGCCACUCACAACAGAUGCCGGCCUUUAUAUAAUGACUCUACUUGACAAUUAUGGUGUUGGAACGGCUGCCUUUCUUUACUGUAUUGUAGAAACAACGGGACUGAUGUGGAUAUAUGGUUGGAGAAACUUCUGUAACGACAUUCAUUUCAUGCUGAAUGCCGCAGUAGGAUUGUACUGGAAAAUCACGUGGGUAAUCACAGCACCUGUGAUACUAAUUGUGAUAUUUAUUUAUGGAAAUGUGAUGUUGGCCAUUGAAAAGAACAAUGAAGAAAGUAGUACAAUUCCACCUUGGGGUACGGCGAUAGGGUGGGUUCUGGCAGCUGUUGCCAUCUUCCAGAUCCCCAUAUGGAUUAUACGCAUAGUCUACAAUACGAAAGGUCCACAGAGAUUGAAAAAAGCUUUCCAGCCACGAGAAGACUGGGGUCCUAGUAAUCCAACCAAUUACAUCUCUUGGAAAAUUUGGAAAUCUAGUGGAAAGACUGUUUCAAAUGUUGAAAAUGGUAUUAUUGCAUACCAGAAUGAGGCUUUCGAAAGAGAUGACACAACCAAAUUUUAAUGUCUUUUGGUCAAGUGCUAGAAUAGUGAAAUACAGAGAACAGAUGUACUUUUAUGGAGUUAUUUUUAUAUCUGUUAGAUUCACAAAAAAAAGUGUGUGUGUUUAGUUUCAAAUCAAAAAUAUGAUAACGUUUCUGGUUUUAAAUUUCUAAACUGAUUUUUGAUUCAUGAGAAAUGAAGUCCUUCAGACUACCACCUACACUUCAUAAGUUUUUGAUAUACAUAGUACAUACAUUUAACUGUAUCUUAUAUACUUUAUGUGUAUUAAAUUAAUUCAAAAAA